CCUUGACCUUUUCACGGGUGGAAUCUCCGAGAACCCUGUUGCUGGAGGUAUGGUUGGACCAACGUUCGCCUGCAUCAUCGCCGAGCAGUUCCGGAGGAUCAAGUACGGUGACCGCUACUGGUACGAGACCCAGGACCGUUAUACUGGUUUCACACUUGAUCAGGUGAAGGAAAUUAAGAAGUUUUCCAUUGCUCGCGUCCUAUGUGAUGCCACAUCCUCACAGGAAAUGCAGACCAACGCCUUCCUUCAGCCGUCCUACCUCAACCCGAGGGUCCCCUGUCGCGAUCUGCCGGAUCUGGAUUACACCAAAUGGAGGGAAUAGUCACGCAUGCGCAGAUCAACAGAAUGAGAUUUUGUCUUUGUAAAUGCUA